AUGUUAACGCAAGGAAGAAUGAUAAGUGUACAUCGUUGUUUCCAGCUUGCUACCAUGAUCACACAGAUUUUGUGGAAUGUUUUCUCAAGCACGGCGCAAAUAUGAAUUUCCAAGACAAAGACGGCUAUAUAGCCCUUCACUUGGCUACGAGAUGCGGUUACAUUGCAAUUGUCGAUAAAUUUCUAGGUCAUGGGGGGUUGCAGCCUCAAAAUAACCACGUCUAACGGGAAGAAAUCAUUGUAAAAUCGAAUUAGUGUAGUAUUUUAUCAAACGACUAAAGUGUUCAAAGGAAGAAAGAUAUAAUGCUCUUGAAAUUCUUGAUGCCGCCGUUACUAAUGACCCUGAUACUUAA